GCCAAGGCUGCACCCAGAGCUCACCGGACAGGGAGCCCCACCCCACCCUGCUGGGGGCGGGAGAAAAACUGAGAGCGGGCAGAAUCCGCGCCCCCGCCAGCAGCGCUCCAAGGUCUGUGAGCCCCGCCCCUCCACGGGACUCUAAAUCUGGGACCGGGUGGACGGGAGACGACGGAAGCCUGUGGUCGCACCCGCACAAAGGUUCCCGCACUGUCCCACAACUCUCACUCCCUAGCAAAAGAGCGCGCGGAGCCAGGUGCGGAGAGGGACCGAGCCCCCCACCACGCCUCGAUCUGGGAGCUGCCUGGUGCCCCGUGAGGAUCUGGCCCGUGACCCUUGAAGGACUGGCCGCAACAUAACUUCGGCACCCCCACGAUGGGCAACGCGCAGGAGAGACCCUCAGAGACGAUCGACCGCGAACGUAAACGCCUGGUAGAGACGCUGCAGGCAGACUCUGGGCUGCUGCUGGAUGCGCUGCUGGCGCGGGGCGUGCUCACCGGGCCGGAGUACGAGGCGUUGGACGCUCUGCCUGAUGCGGAGCGCAGGGUGCGCCGCCUGCUGGUGAUCGUGCAGAGCAAGGGCGAGGCCGCGUGUCAGGAGCUGCUGCGCUGCGCCCAGCGCACCGCGCGCGCGCCCGACCCGGCCUGGGACUGGCAGCACGUGAGCCCCGGCUACCGGGAUCGCAGCUACGACCCUCCUUGCCCAGGCCACUGGACACCUGAGGCAGCUGGCUCAAGGACCCCAUGCCCUGGUCUGCCCAGAGCUUCACACUGCGAUGAGGCCGGGGGUUCCGAUGCAGUGCAAUCCGGAACCCUCGACGAGCCCCAGACAGAGUUAGAAGCUCAGGCCUCUGAAGGAGCUGAGCCCGAGUUGGAACCGCAAACGGAUCUGGAACCAGAGGCAGAACCAGAGCCUGAAUUGGAACCAGAGGCCGAGCCAGAGCCGGAGCCAGACCAGGAGCCAGAACCUGACCCCGAGCCAGAGCCGGAUCAAGAGCCAGAACCCGACCCCGAGCCAGAGCCGGAUCAAGAGCCAGAACCCGACCCCGAGCCAGAGCCGGAGCCAGACUACGAGGCAGAGGAUGAGUCUGAAGAUUCCUGAAGGCCAGAGCGCUGACAGGCCAUUCCUCAUCCAAGCAGAAUAGGAACUGGGAUCAUGCCCUGGCAGGGUUGGAUUACCACCAAGGCUUCACCUGGGCCCAUAUUCGCUAGAAGUGAAUAAACUCUUGAGGGUCA